UUCAUAUAACGCAAGCUGUGAUGCAGGUAUGUUCCACCAGGAGGAGGUAGCGAGUCGAGUUUCACACAAACCCAUGUUAAAGACGGGCUAAAUUAUCUGCCCAAUGUCAAGGGAAUUAUCGCGAAGACGCCAACAGAUUGUGGCGUUUUUUUUGUUUUUUUUUUACCAAACGAGAUGAGAUGAUCCAUUCCCCCUUGUUCAAUUUAAAUGCCAUAUGGCUGGAUAGAUCAUACGAUCUCUAGGUUUGGAUUGGCCUCCGAGAUCCCAGCGAGGUUCAUAGAGAAGAAUGUGAGCCUCAGAGGGAGAGUCCAGACCAUCACAGAGACGGGACUGGAGGUGGAGCACAUCCCCAUCUACAUCCCUGUCCUCUCUCCCCUGUUGGCUAAAGGUGGUGGUCGUGUGUAUCCACUGGCUGUGCGCCUGGCGGGGGUGGAGCUGACCCAAGAGGGGAGGGUGUGGCUGGAGCAGCACCUGAGCCCGGCCCAGACGGUGUGGCUCAAACUGGUCAGCAGAGAGGAGGAGACACUGCACUGUCUGGUGUCUGUUGGCCGGGGGUCAUUGAGGAGUCUGUGUCUGAAUGAGGAGGUGUUGAGGUUGGGUCUGGCACGCACUGUCCCAGUCUCUGGACUCCACCCUCAGUCCCACCUUUACCUGCGGCUCCACCAACGGCUGCUCAAGGCAGAGGUCAAGGCCGAGCGGAAGGGGCGGGGCAUGUGGAAAGAGGAUAGCCUAUGGGAGAGGACCUCACAGGCUGUUUGGGACAACUCACUGGUCAGACUCAUCAGGAGGAUCUUCAAGUGGACGUGAUUGGUUGGUUGGUUGACUGACUGAUUGCUUGACUGACUGACGGAUUGCUUGACUGACUGACUGACUGAUUGCUUGCUUGACUGGCUGACUGAUUACUUGACUGACUGAUUGCUUGACUGCUUGACUGACUGACUGACUGACUUCAAUUAGGCUUGAAAGUAAGUUCAUGAAUGUUGCAAGGCUCAGGCCCGUCUCAGAAUACAGCUGUGUCAUUAUGUGUCUGUGUUUGUGAAGUAGAUGAGGCCCGUCUCAGAAUACAGCUGUGUCAUUAUGUGUCUGUGUUUGAGAAGUAGAUCAGGCCCGUCUCAGAAUACAGCUGUGUCAUUAUGUGUCUGUGUUUGUGAAGUAGAUGAGGCCCGUCUCAGAAUACAGCUGUGUCAUUAUGUGUCUGUGUUUGAGAAGUAGAUCAGGCCCGUCUCAGAAUACAGCUGUGUCAUUAUGUGUCUGUGUUUGAGAAGUAGAUGAGGCCCGUCUCAGAAUACAGCUGUGUCAUUAUGUGUCUGUGUUUGUGAAGUAGAUGAGGCCCGUCUCAGGAUACAGCUGUGUCAUUAUGUGUCUGUGUUUGUGAAGUAGAUCAGGCCCGUCUCAGAAUACAGCUGUGUCAUUAUGUGUCUGUGUUUGUGAAGUAGAUGAGGCCCGUCUCAGAAUACAGCUGUGUCAUUAUGUGUCUGUGUUUGUGAAGUAGAUGAGGCCCGUCUCAGAAUACAGCUGUGUCAUUAUGUGUCUGUGUUUGUGAAGUAGAUCAGGCCCGUCUCAGAAUACAGCUGUGUCAUUAUGUGUCUGUGUUUGUGAAGUGGAUCAUAUAUUUGUCAACUGAUUGCCCAGAGAUUGCUCUCAAAAUAGAAAAAGGACCAUAUUCACACGAUUAUCUGUACAAACAAUCUUUUCUCCUGUUCUUUACUAUCGGGGAAAAGUGUGAAACGAUGUCUCAGACGAAUGGGGGUAUCGACAAAAUCGUAGACAUGGGACAAAUUUGUUUUUGACCCACCUGCUUAUUAAAGUUGAUAUAUAUAUCGGUGGAGAUUAGACGCACUGACACGGCAAUGACAAGACAGAAUAGAAACCAGUCUACUUACAGUUGGUGUUCCCCUUCGUGGGGGUCAGAAUAUGUUGAUGUUUCAUUAGAUCAUUUAAAGAAACUUGGCUGUCAGAAAUCCACAAAUCUACAUCAAACGCAUUUUGAUUUGUGAAAUAAAUAUGCAUUUGGUUAAUUCA